CAAUGAAAAUUGGAGCUUGAAAUCUUGAAUCCACUACAUUUCAGACAAAUGUGGUAAAGAAGCAACCUAAGCUAAUACAUAACUAGCCUCAACAUUAAGCUAAACUUUUUUAUUCAAUUUUUAAAACACUGAUUACGAUGGGUCUUGCUUCUUCUGCGUCAUCCUCUCCUUGCUAGAUAUUCGCUUCGUGGUUCAUAUGCUGCUUCUGAUUUCUGCACAGAAUCGAUGAAUUACAACUGACGGAAAGAAGAAAGAAGGGCAUGAUCAUGGUGAGAUCCGAGUCUGAGGUCGACGGAGAAGUUGAAGAUCUCCACGACAGUAUCUCCUCAGAUUAUGAUAGAGAAAAAGAACUCAAGGCCUUUGACGAUUCCAAAGCUGGGGUCAAAGGACUCAUUGAUGCCGGAGUGGCAAAGAUUCCCCGCAUCUUCGUCAGACCAGCUGAUGAGCUUAAAGAGCUUCGGCUUCAGGGGACUGGCAACAACUUGAAGGUUCCGGUCAUAGACCUGGGUCUGCCAAGCUCAGGCUCUCAAAUUGAGCUCGAGGAAGACAAGAUCAAUAUCAAUCGCUGUAACCCCGAGGAAAUUUUAGAUGAACUCCGUCGUGCGUCGGAGAAAUGGGGUUUCUUUCAGGUGGUCAAUCAUGGUAUUCCUACGAGCCUUCUGGAUGACAUGUUAGAAGCGACAAGGAGGUUCCAUGAGCAACCAACGGAGGUGAAGAUGGAAUUUUACUCCCGUGAGCUCAUGAGGAAGGUCAAGUUUAGCAGCAAUUUUGAUCUGUAUCAGUCACCCGCUGCCAAUUGGAGAGACAGCUUGUUCUGUGUGAUGGGUCCUGAUCCUCCUAGCCUAGAUGAAUUGCCUGAGACUUGCAGAGAUGCGAUGAUAGAGUACUCUAAGCAAGUUAGGAGAUUAGGGUUUAAAUUGUUUGAGCUACUAUCAGAGGCUCUUCAUCUGAACCCUCAUUACCUGAAAGACAUGGAUUGUGCGGCAGGCCAUAUCAUGCUAUUUCAUUACUAUCCAGCAUGCCCUGAGCCUGAGCUGACGAUGGGAACCAGCAAGCAUUCUGACCCUGAUUUCCUUACUAUCCUUCUGCAAGACCAUAUUGGUGGCCUCCAAGUUCUUCAUCAAAAUCAUUGGGUUGAUGUUCCUCCUGUGCCUGGAGCUCUGGUUGUGAACAUUGGAGACCUCCUACAGCUAAUGUCUAAUGACAGGUUUAAAAGUGUUGAACACAGAGUCUUGGCUAACUGUGUAGGCCCAAGAGUAUCUGUAGCUUGCUUUUUCACUACACACCUUCAUCCAUCCACAAAGAUCUAUGGCCCUAUCAAGGAAUUGUUAUCAGAAGAUUAUUCCCCUAUAUACAGAGAGACCUCAUUGAAAGACUUUAUAGCUUACUAUGAUUCGAAAGGACUUGAUGGGAAUUCUGCUUUAACACAUUUCAAGUUGUCGAAUCUCACUGAAUCGAUGGGUUCGUAGUUCCAAAUGGAAUCUCUGUUUAGAAUUUAAUUUUUUUUUUAAACUGUAAGGGCAUGAUCUCGCAAUAUCUGCUGCAUCCUACUGAAUGAGGUAAAAUGUCUGAAGUUGCAGACAAGUUGUAAACUUAUGUAUCAGUCCCUAUAUUCACAAAUUAAUGCCUCUAUCUAUAUACUAGUUGGACAUAACCUGAAUACAGAGAUGAUGUGUUUUCAAGCUUGUGGUAGUAAAGAAUGAUUCAUUUUUUACA